AUGACAGCCUCCCCAGCAUGCCCAGCCUCCCCAGCAUGCCCGGCCUCCCCAUCCUCCCCAGCAUGCCCAGCCUCCCCAGCAUGCCCAGCCUCCCCAGCAUGCCUAGCCUCCCCAUCCUUCCCAGCAUGCCCCGCCUCCCCAGCCUUCCCAGCAUGCCCAGCCUCCCCAGCAUGCCCAGCCUCCCCAUCCUUCCCAGCAUGCCCAGCAUGUCCAGCCUCCCCAACAUGCCCAGCCUCCCCAGUAUGCCCAGCAUGCCCAGCCUCCCCAGCAUGUCGAGCAUGUCCAGCCUCCCCAGCAUGCCCAGUGUCCCCAGCAUUCCCAGCCUCCCCAGCAUGCCCAGCCUCCCCAGCAUUCCCAAUUUAA